AUGAGUGCAAAAAUCGGCGUCUUCCCCGCCUCCGGCGGCCUGGGCUCGAGUAUCGUCAACCACCUCAAGACCCUCGUCCCAGCCUCACAACUCAUUCUCAUCGCGCGUCAUCCCGAGAAACUGACCGAGCUGGAACAUGCUGGUUCGACUGUUCGCCAGGCCGAUUAUGAUACCCCCUCCACACUGACGAAUGCAUUCGUGGGCGUCGAUGUUUUGAUGUUGAUUUCUUAUGCUUCGUUUGAGAUUCAGCAUCGGGCUGAUGCGCAUAAACUGGCCAUUGAUGCCGCAAUCAAAAGCGGCGUCAAGUAUAUUUUCUACUCCUCGCUCGGCUUUGGGGGUGACCUUGCAGAUUCAAGUGUGGCGCAUGUUAUGGGUGCGCAUCUUGUUACGGAGAAAUACCUCGCCGAGCAAUGCUCGGCGGAUAAAGUCUCCUACACUUCCGUCCGCGAAGGUCUCUACUCGGAAUCGUUCCCUAUCUACACUGCCUGGUUCGACCCCGCCAAUCCAGUCGACGAGAUCGCCAUUCCGCACUCCGGCACAGGACCGGGCGUUUCGUGGGUGAAACGCGAUGAACUGGGUGAGGCGACUGCCAAGCUAAUUCUGUCUUACACGAAGAGCCCCAUGGCCUUUGAGUAUCUUAAUAAGAAGGUUCUGCUUUCGGGGCAGAGAGAGAUUUCUCUCAAGGAGACAGUUGAUAUUCUGGGUCGGGCUGUUGGAAGGCCGUUGCGUAUUAAGGAGAUUUCUGUCGAUGAGUACGUCAAGCUCCCCCAGAUCGGGGAUAAGCAUACGUAUCACGGGGUGGAUCUUUCCCGGGAGUGGGCGACUGCUUGGGAGGCUAUUAUGAAUGGGGAGACGGCUACUGUGUCGCCGGCUAUUAAGGGAAUUUUGGGGAGGGAGCCGGAGGAUUAUGAGACGACUAUUCAGGCGUUGAUUGGAAAGAACUAA